GGUGGCAGGGUUGGAGCGUGGCUUUGAAAGCGGCGUCUGCUUUCACCAUGAGCGGCCGAAGUAGAGGUAGAAAGUCCUCCCGCGCCAAAGGCCGGGGCAAAGGCCGUGCCAGAGGCCGAGUCCGGGCUGUUCCCGACGACGCCCCGCGCGACCCGGACCCUCCACAGUGCCAGAGGCUCGGGGAGGAAGCCAAGGCGGCACAGGUGCAGGCUGGCGCGGGUUGGGGUGGCCUGGAAACCGCUGUUCCCGCGCCGCCCCGCCGGCCCGCGGAGGAGGGUGCCUUCCGGCGCCCCCAGGACUGUGGCCUCGCGCUCCGGGCCCGAGCGGCGGGAAGUCGCGGGCAGGCCGCUUCCAGGGCUGGCCCGGGGAAGGCCACGUCCCUCUCGGAGCGCCUGGCAACAGAUACUGUCUUCGUGGGAACCGUGGGAACCGUGGGAAGGCCGAAAAAUGGCCCCCGCGUUGGAAAUCGGCGUGGCCCCGCAGGGAAGAAGGCCCCGGAAACCUGUAGCGCAGUGGCUAGGGGACCUCCGCCCACAGCUGGUGGGAAGCCGAAGAAAGGGACCACUGGGGAGUGUGCCUCCGUCCCGGUGGUAGAGGAAAAGAAGGUGGAGAAAGACGCAGGGUCAGGGCCCCCGGCGACAGAUGGCAGCAUGGGUACGCUAGAGACCGUCCAGCUGAAGCUGGAGACCAUGAACGCCCAGGCGGACAGGGCCUACCUUCGGCUCUCGCGCAAGUUCGGGCAGUUGCGACUGCACCACUUAGAGCGCAGGAAUCUCCUCAUCCAGAAUAUCCCGGGCUUCUGGGGGCAAGCUUUUCAGAACCACCCCCAGCUAUCAUCCUUUCUGAACAACGAAGAUAAAGAGGUGCUCAGCUACCUGAACAGCUUGGAGGUGGAAGAGCUUGGCCUAGCCAGAUUGGGCUACAAGAUCAAGUUCUACUUUGGGCGCAACCCAUAUUUCCAAAAUAAGGUGCUCAUCAAGGAAUACGGGUGUGGCCCUUCCGGUCAGGUGGUUUCUCGUUCUACUCCGAUCCAGUGGCUCCCAGGGCAUGAUCUCCAGUCCCUGUGCCAGGGGAACCCAGACAACAGCCGUAGCUUCUUUGGGUGGUUUUCAAACCACAGCUCCAUUGAGUCAGACAAGAUUGUCGAGAUAAUCAACGAGGAACUGUGGCCCAAUCCCCUGCAGUACUACCUUAUGAGUGAAGGGGCCCGUGCAGAGAAAGGAAAGGAGGGCAGGCAAGGUCCAGCAAAGCAGCUCCUGGAGACCCCUGAGCCUGGGGUAAACAAGUCCAACUGAUCCUGCACAAGUCUGCCUACUACCUCCUGCCGGACCCGUGCCUGGCUGACCACAUGUGUUUGGCUCUCUGCCUUCUCUUCAUGUUAGUCUCUGUGACUGUAUUCCCUUUGGACUUCAGUUACAAGAAUAUCGUAUUUAUGAUCAUGUUCUUUUGCCUCCCAUGGCCUUCUUUUUUACAUUAGUGUCACGUGUUAUGUGAUCUCACCCCAAAUGUUUAUAUGUUAAGCACACAUGCUUCAGAUGUGUGCUGCCUUUUUCUACAUUGCCUGGACCCUGUUCUUGGCUCUGGCCUUUCCCACUUGUCUUUAACAUGGAUACUCAUGAGUCAUCCUAUAAAAGGACCAGCACAUCCUCAAGCUCUGCUACUUCAUGGCCAGUGACUUGCUGGGCUUUGUGUUCAUGCAGGCCAGGCAUGCCAUCAAUGGCAAGGUUUUUUAUUGCCACUGCAAAAUGAAGCCAGUGCACAUGGUAUUGGCCAUCAGCCAAAACUGAUUGUUCCAUGGCCCUAGGGUCACCAGCCAAGGUGCCACCUCCUAGAUCUUUGGCUUUAGCCAGGGGGCCAUGCUACCCUGCAGGACAUACAGCAGAAUGGCACUUGACUGCUGGGCGUGGAUGAAAUUAAGGGUGAGAAGCAGUAUGCCAUGUGUUCUACACCAUCAUGCAUUUCUUCCUGCCUGUGGGCCCUUCUACUGGUGAACCUUGGUCAAGGUCUGCACCAUGCCUCAUCACCAUCAGGCUGUUGAGUUUUGUCUAGGUUGUUAUCGGCACCAGUUGGCUUCCUGGUCAACAAGGAUCUCAAGAACUGUCUGUGGACCCAGGUCCUCUGCCAAUGCAUGAGACACACACCUACCCUCCCCAGCCUUCCAGGAACCUUUCUGGCUCCCAGACUGAUGGGCAGCUGGUAUGUGUGGACAUGUGCUCACUGUCAUCAUGCUCUGGCUCCAGGUGUGGCCUGUGUCUACGGAAGAUUAAUGCUAUAUGCUGCUUGUUCUGCCUCUAGCUCAGAUCUCACCACGUCCCCAUUUUUGCAUAAUGGAAAAAUAGAGCUGUACAGGUCUGCUUUUUUUUUUUUUAAACUUUCUGCUUUUUUUAUGGACAUUUUCCGAGAUGCACAGAAGUGGAGAGGAUGGUCCUUGGACCCUGUAUGCCCAUUACCUAGCUAUACCAAUUAUCAAUUAUGAUCGACCUGGUUUCAUCUGUACCUCCCUCUCCCCACUUGUACUGUUUGUCGAAAGUCGAAGACAUUGUGCCAAUUGAGCUGUGACUACUUUGGGAGGUGAGGACUCUCUUUUGGUGGUGAUAGUGGUGGGGUGCACUGUCAUUAUCACAUCAGGUCUGCUUUUUGCUUUCAGUGUUAACUAAUGAAGUUCCAGAGAUGGGCCUUACAAAUGAAAGUCUUGAGAAUUAACAGGGAGUCUCAAAAACAGACGAAGGGGAUGCUUUCUUUCCCCUGCGUCCACAGAAAGAGAGACUCUUCUUUUGUAAACUCUCUGAAAGAUACAAUAAGGUGCUUACUUGAGACCCUUAACUAGAAUAUCAGUGUUUUUUUUCCUGUGUAAGAUGGAGGCUUGUGUGACGGUUAGAAUUAUCAGCUUGUCCUGGUCUCAUAAUAUAACUCUGGUCUUGGAAGUAUAAUUUGGAAAUUUUGCUGUGUUCUGUGAAAAUAACCUCCCCAAAGUAAUUAGUAACUGGUUGUCUUACUUGGUAAUUUGACACUUUGGUAAUAAUGCAAUUAUUUCUGUGUUCCUAAACAGUAUAAAUAGUUGUAAGCUUGCACGCAUGAUGGAAAAAUAAAAGUCUUAACUCUGUUAUAUUUUUUAUUUUCAAAAAGGAAUUGGAAGGUUAAGCAGAGGCUGGGUAGUUGAGGGGAGGUAUCCAUUGGCCUAGAUGAGUGAUUCCUAAGCCUCAGGCCCUUGUGUGACUAGCUAUGCAAAAAUACAUAAAAUUCUGAUUCCCAGGACUUUACCAGAGAUUGAGAUUCUGUGGUUCUGGGAGGAAGCCAGGUAGUCUUGUUUUUAACAUGCUUUCCAGGAGAUUCUAGUGGAAAUUCAGUGCUUCUCAGGUUUUAUAGUACAUCUGAAUUGUGUGGGGAAUCCUAUUAAAAUAUGAAUUCUGAUUCAGUAGGCUAGGGUGGAACCUGAGAUUCUGCAUUUCUAACAACUUCCAGUUGAUGCCAGUGCUGUUGGUUUGUGCACUGUACUUUGAGUAGCAAAGAAAGUGACCUUCAAGGCCCUUUCAAACUAGAGUGACAGUGCUCAACCUUGGUUACGCAUUAGAAUCAUCUGGGAAGCCUAAAGAAGUACAAUUGCCAGAGUGCCACACACACACCAACUAAAUGAGACUGGGGCAAGGAGUUAGCCCAGGGGUAGGUGUUUUAAAACUUCCCAGGUGAUUCUGAUGUCUAGCCGGAAUUGA